UUUCAUACAUAAACAAACCGCAACAUAGUUUGUCUAAAUUACAAAAGAAUAAAACGUUAGCAUUAUAAUACAUUCAGAUGGAACUCAUCCGACUACUCGAUGUCUGUCGACUGUGCUUGAAACAAAGUUCAACAUACCUUAACAUAUUCUCGGAUAGCAACGUAGAAGUAAAACUGCUAAAGGUGUUCAAAUUUGAGUUACCAAACAUAGAGCAGCUGUCGAAGCUGGUCUGUUUGACCUGCUACGAAUGUAUCUUCCGAUUCUACGAUUAUUCGGAAUCAAUUAGUCAAAAUCAAGAGUACUUGAAGACACUACUGAAUAAAGAUUCACGUCUGCAGCAGCAGCAGCAACAGGCGCCAAAACCACUUCUGAUAAUCCCUGUGACUGAGGUUGCCGAUGAUGGAACACCAACGGGAGGGGAAAUACGCAUCGAUUUUCAACUGCCCAGUACUGCCACCGUUCCACCGGAAGACGAAACUCACGAGCCUGAUGCUCCGGAACCAGAAAAACUCCUUACAACGAAGUUGUCAAAAGCGGAUGAUCUAAUAAAAGAGAACAUCGUGCUAACGUGUGAUAUCUGCGGAGAGACGAACUCGACCAGUUUUGACACUUUUAAACUGUUGCAGGAUCACUAUCAUCAGAAUCACAACGUGGUCGGCUAUGUUACGUGCUGCGGACGAAAAUUUGCUCGAAAGGAUCGACUGGUGACACACAUUACGAAUCAUAUUAAUCCUGAUGCCUUCAAAUGUAGUGUAUGCGACCAUUGCAGCAAGAGUCGCUCUUUGCUGAGGAUUCACAUGAAACAACAUCUUGGCAGUGAAGCACGUCGGCACGUUUGCACCAAAUGUGAGAAAUCGUUUGUGCUGCGAUCGCAACUUGUGAUUCACGAAGCAAGCCACCUGGAAGAUCAAGAAAAGAAGCAUGUAUGCGAUCAGUGUGGAAAAGCAUUCGCACUCAGAUUCGUCCUGGCCAGGCACAAGCGGGUCCACUCCAGGGCGAAAGAUUUCAUCUGUGUGGUUUGCGCGAAAACACUAUCUUCCUCGGUAACUCUGAAAGCCCAUAUGGAGUCUCAUGACGAUAGCGCAACGAAACAACCGAAAGUGCAGUGUUCCGUUUGUUCACAGUGGUACAAAAACGCCGAAACUUUACGGACACACAUUCGUGCGCGACAUCACGAUCAACGGAUCCAUCGAUGCGAUCGAUGCGGAAAAGUUUUCCCGACAAAAAGUUCUCUCUCGACGCAUGUUAAGUACGUUCACCUGGGGGAAGCCAACUUCGCUUGUGGGCAAUGUGAUAGGAAGUUUAGGAAAAAUGUGGAAUUGAAGGAACAUAUUGCUCGGGCACACAGUGGAAAAUCUCUUUACAGUUGUGAGUUUUGCGAUAAAUCAUUUUCCUGUAGUUCGAACUAUUUUUCCCAUCGGAAAAAUAAGCAUCCGAAAGAGCACGCCAAACAGGUUGCGAAAAAGCAGAGAAAUUCGUGAUAUGUCUUCCGAUUCUACAAUUAUUCGGUAUCAAUUUCCCGCUCGUCUCGUCUUCUGUGAUAGGCCCCAGAAUCGCGUGUCAAGCGGCGUGAAGUACAUAUGUUUUUAACAUAUACAACAUAUAAAACAAAAAAUCAAGGAGCAAAACAAUAAGAUGAU